AUGGAAUUUAUACCGGAUAACGAAAUUUUAGAAUUCAAACCUGAUACAUUGGAAACUGUGAGGAGAAAUAUAAAUUUAUAUAAACCUGGUGAAAUGAAAGCGGCUAUUGAAAUUUUAAAGGAAUGGAUACAACAGCAACCACAUCUAAGGAAAAAGGAUUUUAGUGAUUUCUUCAUAGAGACAUCAAUCGUCGGAUCGAAAGGAUCGAUUGAGAAAGCUAAAACACAAAUUGAUAAAUUUUGCACAAUGAGAACAUUGCUGCCACACUUUUAUGGUGAAUUUAAUUUGGCGGAAUAUACAAAAUCUCACGAUUACAUCGAAAGUUUCCAAUUUAUAUUAGAUCUGAGAACUGCAAACAUGAGCGAUUUUGUGACCAAAGUAAAUUUAGUGGAAUUGAAACAAGCGAUUACAAUAUUUGUGCAUUGUUACGGGCUGCGCCUGAUAGGGAUUUAUAUAAUAUCAACAUCAAAACUAGUAGAUGUGUUUAUUGGCCUCUUGAAUCAAAUUCUUAAGCCAAAAAUAAUGAGUCGUCUACACUAUUAUCAAGAUUGUAAGGAACUUCUACGCAUCAUUGGUAAUAACGUUUUACCAAUUGAAUUAGAGGGCACUGAACGAUCAAUUCGUGAUAUUCAGAAUCACUGGAUUGAAAUUCUGUCUUCAAAGAAACAUUUGGAUUAUGUACGAGAAAUGAACUUAGGUAAUACAGACGAGAGCCGUAGGCCUAUAGAUAAAUUAGCACAAGACUAUGAUGGAGUACCUGGAACUUUUAGAGUCUUAAAUGUGGACUAG